UUGCUUUCUUUACAGAGAUUGAGGGGCAGGCUGAGGAGACGAUGGCGGCGGCGGUGACAGCGGAGGACGGACAGGGGCAGAGGCAGGGAGAGUCAGAGGAGAUGGUGGUGAAGGAAGAGGAGACGGCGGCGGUGGGCAUGACAGGGGAGACGUUGGCCGCGGAGAAGAAAAAGGCGAAGAAGAGGAAGUAUGAAGAGGUGGAACGUGAGGAGAUUGAGGGGCAGGCUGAGGAGACGAUGGCGGCGGCGGUGACAGCGGAGGACGGACAGGGGCAGAGGCAGGGAGAGUCAGAGGAGAUGGUGGUGAAGGAAGAGGAGACGGCGGCGGUGGGCAUGACAGGGGAGACGUUGGUCGCGGAGAAGAAGAAGGCGAAGAAGAGGAAGUAUGAAGAGGUGGAACGUGAGGAGAUUGAGGGGCAGGCUGAGGAGACGAUGGCGGCGGCGGUGACAGCGGAGGACGGACAGGGGCAGGGGCAGGGAAAGUCAGAGGAGAUGGUGGUGAAGGAGGAGGAGACGGCAGCGGUGGGCAUGACAGGAGAGACGUUGGCCGCGGAGAAGAAGAAGGCGAAGAAGAGGAAGUAUGAAGAGGUGGAACGUGAGGAGAUUGAGGGGCAGGCUGAGGAGACGAAGGAGGUGGUGGAGGAGGAAAGGCCGUUGAGGGACUGGACGACAAUAGAGCUGUUCCAGCAGUCGGGCAGCUUAGCUGGUGAUUUAGCUGUCAGUACCGACUCUGAUGACUACCCCAUUGAGCCGGUGCCGCCCAGACCGGCAGUCGUCCUGGAGCGUGGGUCGGACGGGAAUUUCGUGAGGGACACCAAGCCAUGGCCCAGGUACGGGCUGCUUAGAAGGAAGCGGACCUCAUCGGAGUCGACAGCGGCAUCCUCCGGCGGCGGCUCGGAGUAUUUCCCGAAGUCGGACGAUUUGCUGUCGUCAACGUCAGCGGGGGAGGAUGCUGCUGACGACCACCACCCGUCGACACCAGCCCCAGAACCCCCUGUGAGGCGGCUGUGCAGGAGCCCGACGGUCAAGAGGAGGCAGAGGACCACAGGUAAAAAGCAACAGCGCCCGUGCCCGCUUGAGGGGUGCCGAGCCAGCGUUGUUAACAUGGCUCGGCACUUCAGGCAAGUUCAUCCGGGGACGGAGGUCCCCAAGAAGCCCACAGCAGCAGAGGGGAGUAGGCGGACCUACGGGGGGCAGAAGGUGUGCGCCGUCUGCUCCAGCCGUACGAUGAGAAUGGACUUGCACCUGGUUCGAAAGCACGGGUUGAUGAAGGGCUCCCCGGAAUAUGCAGCCAAGCUGAGGGCGGCCACCGUACCCCAAUACGCUUCCACUGAGGGGACCAGCGACCUAUCAGAGGCUCUGGUUGAGUAUGGAGAGAGACUGCAGGACAGGUCUAUGGGGGACCAGAGGACGGAGGCCACCACCAGGUCUCACGGAGCCGGCAUCAAGCGGCUGCUGCCCGCCCUUACAUCAGAGGCGGUGCAGGGAUUACAAUCGAUUGGGGUCCGUGACGGCCUGGUGGACACCCUCUUGAAAGACGAGACCCUGUCGGCAGCAAGUCUGCGCACUUAUCUCCACUCCCUUGCCGGGUUUCUGGCGUACCUCGCCACCUCCUCCAGGUGGCUGCGUCACCUGGGCAUGACCCACGCAGCCGUCGAAAUUGUGCGUGGGAAGGUGAACCAGGUAGCGCAGUCCCUGAAGCAGGACAUCAACGGCCAGGCCGUGGAGGCGGCUGGCCAGAACCCGGAAGGGAGUCUGGCUUUGAAGCCUUGGAUGGCAGGUCUGUACCUGGAGUCGGAGGCUGUGGAGACGGCAAAGAGGCUUAUCGAUGAGGCAGCUGAUGGAGGGAAGCAGCUGAACAAGAGCGAGUUUUGCAGUGUGCGAAACUCGCUCGUUGUUCAGCUGCUUCUCAGCAACGCUAAGCGGUCCGGGGAUAUUGCGGCCUUGCGCCGCAACGAUGUAAUGUAGGCGACGGUGGCCCCGGACCAGCCAGAUCAGGCAGCCGAAAUAUACAUCAUACAGCACAAGGAGGCCGUGAGUGGCAAACGCUGCCCACUCAGACUGGGGGCAGAGCUGCUGCGGACCGUGCAGCGGUUCUUGAAGUUUGGCACCCCAGCUCACAUAAAGAGCGACUAUGCUUUCACAACUUACUCCCCGGCUGGCAAGAUCUCCCCUUCCAACAUGGCCAAGAUGGUGGAUACCGCCUGGACGGCAUUUAGUAAGGCCAAGGGGCUUGACCUGCCACGGUUGACGUCAUCACUCAGCCGAAAGUUGGCCGUCUCCACCCACCGUGAGAGCGGGGCCAGCCGCGAAGAACAGACAGCGUUGGCCGCGCAUAUGGCCCACCGGGUGGAGACGAUCGACCGUUACUAUAACAGGGCCAACUUAAGGGGCGAGACGGGAAAGGCCCUUGAUGUGAUUGUCGGCACCUACAAGGAUUCUGCACGAGCCAUGGAUGAUCCCAAGACAGGGGAGACGGCGGGGCAGAGUGAGACGGCGGGCCCGAGUCAGACGCCCUAGGUCGACCAUGUGGUUUAUAUUUGGUACUUGAUAGAAUAAAAUUAUUUACAAAUGUUGAACUUGUCUUUGUUGUUUACUUUCGCAACUCUGGAACAGCCUUAAGAUGUGGAGUUGACACAAAGAGCCACUCGACUAGAACAUGUACAGCGCCAACAUAAGGCAGUGUACGUAAACCACAACGAUACCGAUCACACGUAGUCGGCCUAAUAAGCUUUACCCCCUAUCGACUAUACUAUUUUAGAUGAACAAAGAAAGAUGUUACACAAAAUCUUGCAUGCAGAGUUGAUGAUAGAGCCACUCGAUCAUAUUCGAGCCAUAAGC